AAAAUAAAAAAAUUUAAAAUAUGGCAAGGAAAAUUAAUAUCAAAAAAAUUUUUGGGGACUGUUUUACGGAAGGGUAAUGCUACAGUGAACGCUGGGGUCCUGGAAGUGACGAGCCAGAGUUGGUCGUCCCCGUGCCUGCCCGCCGAAGGUCGCCGCCGGAAACACCUUGAGUUUCCCGGCGCCAGUUUUGUUCCCUUGAGUGAUAUCGUUUCAGCUAAGCCCCUUCCAAUAAACCCACGCAACUCUUCUCUACGGAAACUCAUAAGCACGGUUACCGCCUACUCAAAUUCCAAUGCUUCAGACUCUGAUGAUGGACUGGCCGCAUUUUCCGGCCGGCAGAGUAAUUAUUCCGGUGCGAAAAUUGAAGAACCAGUGGAAUUGGAGUCGGGCAAGCUGAGAUUGGACUCAUGGAUCUCUACUCGCAUUAACGGUAUUAGUAGAGCUAGAGUUCAGUCCAGCAUUCGUUCAGGAUUGGUGGCUGUUAAUGGCCAUGUCAUCAAUAAGGUUUCUCACGUGGUGAGAGAUGGGGAUGUGGUGAACUGCCAGAUAGCGGAGUUACAGCCUUUGAGGGCUGAGCCAGAAGACAUUCCUUUGGAUAUAGUUUAUGAAGAUGAACAUGUGCUUGUUGUUAACAAGCCUGCUCACAUGGUUGUUCAUCCUGCUCCAGGCAAUCCAACAAGUACACUUGUAAAUGGAAUUCUUCACCACUGCAGACUUUCCACUGUCUGUUUCAGUCCAGAAGCACUGACUGAGACUGAUGAUGAUUCAGGAGAUGAUGUCUGUGCUUUUCCUGUAAGUCAAGGUCGUAAUGAAAGUAAUGGCAUUGGCUUAUGUGAGGAAUCUGUACGCCCUGGAAUUGUCCACAGAUUAGAUAAAGGGACCAGUGGAUUGCUGGUCGUUGCAAAGGAUGAGCAUUCUCACGCCCAUCUAGCUGAACAGUUCAAGAAACACACUACAAAGAGAGUCUAUGUAAGUCUUACCUGUGGAGUGCCCUCACCACUUUCCAACCGCGUAGAUAUCCCUAUAGGUCGCGAUCCGAACAACAGAAUUCGUAUGGUUGCUAGUGCUGGACUUGGAACCCGUGGAAAGGCCCGAAAUGCUGUUAGUAGGUACAAAGUAAUUGAAAUACUCGCUGGUGGUGGUUGUGCAUUGGUUGAGUGGAGGUUAGAAACUGGGCGCACACAUCAGAUCCGAGCCCACGCAAAGUAUAUUGGUAUCCCACUAUUGGGAGAUGAAUUGUAUGGAGGAACUAAGAGCAUGGCCAUAUCUUUGCUUCAGUCAAGGAGCCCAGCUAGCCAUCAUCGUCAAAUUUUGCAACUAGUUGAUAGAUUAGACAGACCCUGCCUUCAUGCUGUAGUUCUCGGAUUUAGGCAUCCACACACAGGAAAAGACUUACGUUUUCAUCAGAUGCCACCGACAGAUUUUGCAGAGAUUUUGGAUCAACUCCGGGAAAUUGGCACCAAGAAGGCAAUGUAGCUGGUUAGAUGUGAAUAUGGUAAAAAUACCCAGUUGUAAGGUUGAUUUUAUCUUCAUCUUGCAAAAAUCUUUUGCACUCGACAAGUUCCAAUUACUGGCCAUGGAAACCUAUGUCUAAACAAGCGAGUUUUGAUGGUCCCGUGCUCGCUCAAGCUUUUCAAGUUGCCGGAUAGUGGUUUCAAGAUUUUGCCUAUUAUGACAAAGUAGUAAGGAUUGUUAACUUACUGUUCCUUCUUGUUUCGUACUUCUAUUUUCUUUUCCCUCUCGUUCCUUUAUUUUAUUUUUUUCAUUAUCUUGUUUGAUUUGGGAAAACGGAUUCUUUGAAUGAUUGAAAAAAGAAUUUGGCAGGUUAUGCAUUUCAGUUUUGAAGGUAGUGCAUUUCAAUUUUUAAGAU